CAAGACUUCUUUAAAAGGUGUCAGAAUAUUUAUUGAAUUCCACUUCCUAUAACAUCUCGACAGGAGAAUAACUAAUUUCUUUGGCUGGGCUAAAAAAUAGACAAGACUGCCAUUUAUUAGCUGUUUACUACCGAAAAAGAGGAUUUUUAAAGCAAAAUGACGUGUCGCUAUUUUGAAAGUUAUCGACAUUGAAUCAGAAAGUGACCUAUUGUUGGGGCAUCAAAAAUAGCAAAGACAGUCUCAAGUGGUUUCACAAGAAGCAUUGAGAAUUGCUCAGAACUGUUGCUAUCUGACUGAAUCAAGAAAAUAACCAUGGAAAACUCUACAGUUUCCGAGCCUUCACAAAGAAAUUGGACCAAAACGGGUGAUUACAUUGCCUUUAAUCCUUUGGAAAGAGUAUGUUUGAUAAGCGCUCUGAGCAUUGCAACUCUCGCCAUCAUCAUCGGCAAUUCCUUGGUGCUAAUCGUCCUCAGCAGACAACGAAAAACAGCGAGUCAAAGAGUGGUCACCAUUUUUCUUGGAAAUCUUGCCUUCAUGGAUUUGUCAAUUGCGCUUUUAAUAAUGCCAUUAUCCAUUUCUACGUAUAUUCACGGAAAAUGGCCAUUCGGAAGGGUUGUUUGCGAGGUGAAUGGUUUUACCACAAUGCUAGUGGGAAUAGUAGCAAUUCUUACUAUGACAGCUAUUGCAGUAGACAGAUACCGCAUCAUCGUGCUUACAGCUGGUCAGCGGCUUCUUCCUAAGCAUGCGUACCGCAUCCUUGUGUUUAUAUGGCUGUGGGCUAUUGUCCAGUCUCUCCCGCCGGUCCUUGGCUGGAAUGAGUACAUUUGGUCGCCCACUAGUUCCGUGUGUAGGGCAAAGUUCGGCCAGAAGGAUGGUUAUAUUGAGCUUGUGGCAUUUCUCAGCUACAUAGUCCCAUUGUGUAUUAUGGUGUUCUGCUAUCUGCGGGUAUAUAUCACGGUCCGUCAAAGCCGUCGCCGUGUUGAGAUGUGGGCGAAGUUCACGCAGGACGUGUGGUUGCGCGCCGAGACCCACACGGCCAAGGUCGUGUUUACCGUUCUCACAGCCUUCAUCAUCUGCUGGACGCCGUUUGUCUUGAUUUACGCCAUCAGCGGCUCGGGUGUGGUGACGAUUCCCCAGGAGGCGUUCAUCUUCACUGGGUUCAUGGCGUCCUCUCACUCUGUGUGCAACCCCAUAAUCUACCUCACAAUGAACAAGAGGUUCAGAAACGACCUCAUUCUCCUCGUCUGUAGGAGACGAUUGCGUGACACAUCCGGGAACCUUACCAUCAGGCCCAGCAACAUUCCCCGGAUUAUUCAAACGAUGCGCGUGAUCGACGAUGGCGAAGAGGAGAAUGGAGACGAGAAGAUGACGAAUGGCGCCAGAAACUAACCCCCCCUCCUCAAUGCCGUGACAUAUCCGGAAGAAUAAGCGAAAUUCGGGGGCUUGACGCAUCUACAAUCCUAAGCGCAAUGCUUUGACCACUAUCAUUCAUGAUUCCAAGAUUACACGAAAUGACGUAACACAUGGCGUGGCACAUUUGCGCAAUGCAUCGACAUGACUGGGGCGACGAGACCGGGGCGACGUGAAAUGACGUGAGCGUGACACUUUCAGGGGACCAGCAAGUAACACGUCAUCGGAAAAAAAAUUGAAUAAAGCCUGAAUCACUGAUAAAA